AAAUGUGGCUCCCUUUCGGAAUCCCAUCCAAAUGUUUUCCAUAUUAGUUCAGCGCCUUCUCCUUUUCCACAGACGAGGUGGCCCGGGCAGGGAGGGGCCGAGUCAACACACAGCAGACCAGUCAAAGCACUCGGGGAACAGUGAAAGUUUGAGAGCGUAUUAUUGAGCGAUGGGCCGGGGGCAGAAAGGGUCGUCGGACAUGGAGAAGUUAAAAAUGCGAGAAGAGAGUCCGGAGCCGGAGCGCGGAGGAUGUCGCAAAGUGUGCCGCUUCCCCCUGCUCCUCGCCCUGCUCCAGCUGCUACUGGGGGUCGCUGUCGCUGUUGUGGCCUUUCUCAAGUUGUCCAUCACCUCCUCCCUGUUGGUCAGGGAGACGCCACACUGGGCUGGGAUCAUUCUUUGUUUGGUCUCUGUCGUGGGCCUGGUCCUGUACUGCGUCACCUCCCACCCAGAUGAACGCUCCUUCCUACAAUAUACAGUCAAGCUGCUCUACUUCAUCCUGUGCUCCAUCGGCCUGGUCAUUUCCGUUCUGGUCAUCGCGUUUGCUGGGCACCACUACACCCAGGCGACUAGCUUUGCCUGUGAGCGCAAGGGGCCUACCUGUGUGUGCACCAUGGAGCCUCAGGACCCUAUAGCGCGUACUUUCUCCUACCUGGACGUGGACGACUGCGGGUACCUGACCAGCGACCUGCCAAUGUUCUUCCUCAUCCAGAUCCUGCUCAACCUGGCCCAGGCUCUGGUCUGUGCUGCGGCCUGCUUCAUCAUGUGGAAGAACCGCUACCAGGUGUUCUUUGCCGGGCUGCAGAUACCCUCAUGGCAAAAGGUCUAAAAGAGAGAGACAGUCAAUGAAAAGUGCCUUUAUUAUCCAUGGAUUUUAGAGUGAUAAAAAUUAGGACCGUUAACAAUAGGUUGUGUUCACGUGACCUUGGAACUUUAUAUAAUUCCCAUAGUUUAUUAUUGAGCUGGAGCACAGGUUAUGAUUCUGUGUUGGAAUUUGCUGUUUAACUCAGAUUUAUAGACCUGUUUUUUGUGAUAUCCUCAUGGCAGAAGGUCUAAAAGAGACAGAGACAAUCAGUGAAAAAUGUCUCUUCAUAAAAUCCAUGGGUUUCAGUGAUAAAAUAGAGGACUGUUGCCAGAAUACUUUAUGAAGAUGUGAGUCUGUUCACCGGUGCAUCUCCCGUUUUCAGAUGGGAGUGACGGACAGGUGCGUUAGCCAAUCCGAGCCAUGCAUAAUCUGUCCAUAUCAAAACAAAUAUGUCUGCUUAUGAGGUGAAAAAAAUCACCUCAUAAACAAUAAACUCAAAAUGUCUAAAUAAAAAGUUGUGAGCAAUGAGCUGCUUCGUUUUACAUGCGUCACUGAAAUAAAUAAAUGUGAUCCAUGGUUUUGUCUGAGUCUGGCUCGAGGCACGGUGGAGGGCGUUUGGACUGAUAUCCGUCUGUAUGAAAAAAUACAGACAAAUAUCAUUCUGGACUUGCCAUGGCUACGGUGCUAGUUUUUCUUCAUUAUGAAACCUACGGAUAAGUUUGUAUUUUGAAGUUUGUUUUCUACAUGUGGCAGUGUACAGUAAAUGUUCUUGCUGAAUUAUGUUUACAGGGGUAUGUGAAUUUUAAGAUUUUUUUGUGUUACAGCUAAAUAUAUAUUAUGUUUUUUUUUUGUUUUUUGUUUUUUUCAUUUAAGCUUCCUGUCAUGCAUGAUAUUGUCUGUUUUAUUUACUUCUGUUGAGUGUCAUUUUUGUUUUCAGGAUUGCAAAAUGGAAAUAUUUAUGAAAGAAAAUUCUAAAUCUCACUGGAACUUUCCUGGUUAAAUAAAGAAAUAUAUAUAUAUAAAUACAUGCCUUCUACCACUUACCAGGAGCAUAGAAAGAAUAAUACAAUGCAAAUUACAUAACUAUUAAAAUGAUGUAAUGUCAUUUGUGUGUUUAUAAAGCUAAAGCUGGAUUUUUCUCCUUUAAA